GCACGCUAUUGGCGGGAUGAGGAAGGAUUAUCUGCGUUGACCAAUGGCAUGUGCGAGCCUACCCGCCGCAGUGCCUUCUGGGAACGUGCCAAUGGCCGCUUCGAUUGGGCGUCUGCGGCCGCGGAAGCUCCAGACAGUAAGAACCUACAAGUUGAAGCUGGAGCAAUGCUGCUUUUCUGUCCGAGCUGUGGAAACGGACUGAUUGUGGAGGAGGGACAGCGUUGUCAUCGCUUCGCCUGCAACACUUGCCCCUACGUGCAUAAUAUCACACGCAAGGUAACAAACCGAAAGUAUCCAAAGCUGAAAGAAGUGGAUGAUGUGCUUGGUGGAGCAGCUGCAUGGGAGAAUGUGGACUCUACUGCAGAGCCAUGUCCAAAAUGUGAACAUCCUCGUGCCUACUUCAUGCAGCUUCAGACCCGUUCUGCAGAUGAGCCAAUGACCACCUUCUACAAGUGCUGCAAUGCUCAAUGUGGACAUCGCUGGAGAGACUGAGAGCAGGACUUGCCCAGCUGAAAGCAUGGAUUUUGUAGGCCAUCUGCAAGUCAGCAGAUAAAGUCCGUAAUGUACAAGGGCUUCAGGUCCUGUUCCUUCAUCCUUUGUAUGUAGUGGGUAGUUGAUAUUUCCUUACUACCAUUAGUAUUAGAAACUUAGUUUAUAACCAAGGAUAAUAUUGAACCUCCUAUUCUUCCUGCCUCUGUCUCAAAAGUGUUAGGAUGAUAGGCAUGUGAACCAUGUUCAUUUCAUGCAGUGCUGGGAAUUGAACUCUGAGCCUCAUGCAUGCUAGACAAGUACUCUGUCAACUGAGCCAUUUAAUUUUUAAAAUAAUUUUUAUUUUUUUCUCUCUAGAGAAAUUGUAAAAAUACCCAUAAAAUAAUUGAAAAGCACUUUAAAAUUCAGGACUGACAUGAUACCUCUUUUACGAUUAACAACUAAACGAACUGUUCUGUGAUUUGGAUUUUCUGGAUGAUGUUGAUGGGCAUUUAAAAGUAACCAAAAAUAUUUUCUAUUUCCAGCUAGGGAUAAAGGUCCACAACAGAGUCUGUGCCUAGCAUGUACAAAGGUCUGUGUUUGAACCCCAUUCAAAAACCUAUUAAAACCUCAAUACAUUUAGAAAAGUUACAUAUUUGUUGAAACCACUAGGGAGAUUACUCUGUAUAGUGGACAUAUUUUUCUAUGUUGGAAGCUCUGGUCCCUUCCAUGCAACUGGACAGUCAUAUACAUGAUAAAGAAUGCAGAUAGUAAGGAGAUCUAAAAUCACAUUAUCCUCCUAUGAACAUAGCAGAUCUAAUGUUUUCAAAGUCCUUAAAUAGUGGUAUGGAUGAGUAAUUCACAAACAAGAGCUGACUUUGAAACCUUUGAUCUGUGGUUGUUUUCAAGCCUUUGGGACUUGGUUAAUUAUCUCCUUUCACUAACUCUGUUACAGAGGAGAGCCACAUAGUCUUCUUUGAAUGAAGAUGAAUUUGAGUAUUCGAUCACUUGCCUAGCAUAUGACAAAUUCUGUGCUUAAUCUUGGUACUGGAUAACAGUGGUGUGGGAGAGAAUGAUAAUUUUUACUGUUGGUGAGGGUUAGGACAUUCUCACAUUGCUGGUGAGAAUAGAAGUCAGUACAAUAGUUUCUCAGGGCAGUAAGGUAAUAUGUAUCAGUAUUUUAAAAUGCUACCCAAGGGUGACACAAAUGUGCAGUGUUAUCACUUGAGAGGCAGAAGCAGGAAUAUUGGGAGGUCCAGGCUGUCAGUGGCAGCAGGAGUUGGAAGAGAAGAUACAGCUCCGAGCUGCCUGUCUCAGCCCCCGUUCUUUCUGUGAAUUUUUGUCAGUGAUGCUGGGAUUCUGGACUAUGCCACAGAAAAGAAUUUCGGGACAGCUAGGUAUGAAGUAAGUCAAGUGUCUUAAUGAUGACCAUGUUUAUGAUUUUGGUGGGGUUUUUUUAAGAGAUUCAGUAAACCUCCACCCCACCGCUCCUUUUUCCUAUUUGUUAAAUGAGAUCAUAGGAUAAUUCCAUAGGUAACAAAGGUUCAAGCAGUUCUUAAUAUACCAGGUUACAAAGGGUUAAGACAUGACUUUUGACUGUCAACAAAGAAACCUUACUGUCUCUGUGAGUUUGAGGCUUACAACUGGGAAAAGUCAAACUCAAGGUCAUCUUGUUAGUGUGGUUCGUCAAUGUUAACAUUCUCAAUUGAAAUCUCUGUAUAAAAUGAUUAUUGACUGUGUAGGCAAACUUCAUUAAUUUGGAGUUCACAACUCUUAGCUGGAGUUUUCACAACCAGACUCAAUUUGCCCCAUUUUAAAAAAAAUAUUGCGUGUAUAUGUGGUAGGGGGUAGUGGUGGAUACAUGUCACAACACUCACGUGGAUGUCAGAAGGCAACUUUGUGGAGUUUGUUAUCUAUUUCUUUAUGUUGGUUCUUACCCACUUAUUUCAUUUUCCUAGCCCUCCUCUGCUACAUAAUGAGAUUUUGUCUCAAAAACCAAAACUAACUAAACGAGAAUUUUGUCUAUAAAUCAAAUUAUCACCAAAGAAAGAAUAUUGGAAGCAGAAAAGAAAAAUGACCUUUAUCAUACAAGGAUCCAUAAUAAAGACUACCAACAGA